CACAACCAAAAGUACAUACAUGCACCAUAUCGGCGUAUCCUAAUCUCAGUCACUAAACCAUCAACAUAUUCGAGAUUACAAAGGUCAGUUGUGCAAAAGACAAGCGUGAACAGGGAACGCAAAGCGGUGUUAUUCAAUUGAUUGGGUACGCGCUCGGUGAUGCGAGGAAACACAAAUGCCCACAUCACCAUCUACUGACUUGAAGGAUGCAUGUACUGACAAGUUAUCACUAGCAGUAUGGGCUCAAGGAGUUGAAGUGCCAACUGUUUUCAACACAACAGGCAAUAAACGACUCGCAGGAACUGCUGUGGACAUGCCUCCAUCCAAGCGCAUCAAAACAGACGAAGUGCGCAAGGAGGAACGGCCAGACACCAUGAUAGAAACCUCGAAACCAGUAUGGAAGAACAGUCACCUUCCCCCCGGCUGUCUCGAUUCCAAUACCUGGCGUGGUGUGUUUAUUCCGACUAUCGCAUACGCUGCUGGUGGAGAGAACAUUGAUCCGUGGUACAUCGACAAUAAUAUGCUGGUCCGGAUCCUCAUGAAAGCCUGGAAGGUUGUGUACGGGAAGCUUUCAUCGACGGACAACCCUAUUUACAUCAGUAGUCCGGUCUAUGAUGUGUCCAAGCAGCGGUUGGACGAAUGGCGCAGUGGAUUUGGAUCUGCUGCUAUCAUGAUGAUCACGAGCCUCAUAGCAUCUAAGUCAAUUACUGCCGCUUAUGAGCGACAAUCUGAGUUUGCGAGGCACUGGCUUUAUGGGAACCGUUUUCUUUUUGAAAAUGCUUCUUCCAAUGACAAGAAGGAGUGGACAGGAAUGUGGCAAUCGACGUUCAUACUAGAAACAUUUUCCGCGCACCUGGUCUACACUCAAGGGCGUGUGCCUGUCGACGAACUCAGAAGCGAGGAACAGCUCUGUCGAACAGCACUGGCACUCUCUGCAGCAGCGGUUAAACGCACUUUCAACCUCCUUUCAACUGGAAAGAUGAGCUUCGAGAUCAGGACUCGGACCGCCGUCGCAAAAGGCAAGAAAAACGCCGCACAAAAGAGCGAUGUUCCAGCCUCUAACGGCGAUUUAUGGGAGGCCAGCAUCAGCAACGAUGAGACCUUCUCCGAACAGCUCUGGGGGUACGAUAGUCGGAUGUUUUUGAAAGCAAUCAUGUGCGUACCCGCGGAAAAUAUGCUGGAAAUCAUAGAGAAUGCGAAGCCAUUCAUGAAAGCCGCCGCUCGUGGUGGAGGGUCGGAGACGGACAGCGUGCCAGAGGAUAAGGAUUUCGUCGAUCUCUUUGAUUUCCGAUGAAUAUCAACUUGACCAUUGACGAUGCGCUACUUUCGGUCUCCCUUCCAACAUCGCCCUGCCGCCCAUCAUAGUAUCAGUUACCUUUCAUCUUUUUACGAUGUUUACUGUUAUCGCCUUAAUUCUUGCUUUCUUUGUUAUGAACUUACCGCAUCU